ACACUUUACCGCAACUAUUGCAAAGGAUCCCAACAACGUUUCCGAAGCAGACAUCGGCUUCAAAACGUCUUCUCUUCCGCGCUCUUUAAAAAUCUUCCUUCUUGGUUCCCAAAUCCAUCAUGGCAGAGUUGAAGUCCUUCUCUCCCGAUGAGAUCUCGCGCCACGCCACCACGCAGGACUGCUGGUUGUCCAUCGGCGGCAAGGUUUACGACGUGACUGAUUUCUUGGAGGAACAUCCGGGGGGAGAGCAUGUUAUUCUUCAUGAAUCAGGUUCUGGAGAUGCUACCCAAGCAUUUGAAGAGGUAGGCCACAGCAGCGCUGCCAUUAGCUCGAUGAAGAGCUACCUCAUCGGCACAGUUGAAGGUUACAUUUCUGGUGAUCAAAAGCCUUCGAAGCCGGCCACCACUGCAUACAGAGAACAAGCACCAUCCUAUAGCUUUUCGGACUACUUGCUUCCUCUGCUGGUGCUCGUUGUGGCCUCUGCGGCUUGGUAUUACCUCACCUUCUAUUCCAAGACCAAGGCCUAACGGCCAUUCAAUUGGAACCGUUCACUCUAUCUACCUUUUCAUUUUCUAUUUAUUUUUCAGUAGACAAUAAUUGAAUUGUAUGGAGAAAAGAAUCUUCUUGUUGUUUUAAGAGUGAAGUUGGUUCGCCAA